AACGUGACUGAACCAGAGAAUCUACUUUGAACCCAAUAGCCACCGCCCAAUCGGAUUUAUCCUCUUCGCUGCCUUUAAUCCCUCAACCAUGCCUGCUAUUUCGAACAAUUUGAUGCUCCAGCUACUUUGAACGCUACUUUACCCACCUGUUUCAAUUCGUCUUUCCCGAUAGCUGCAUCUCCCGGAGAAGGAGGAUGAGCUAUCUUUUAAGGACCUUAACAACGAAGAGAGAAGUGGAUUCCAUCAUUAGGGACACUAUUGAUAAGGUUCUCAUUCUCCGAUUUGGGCGGUGUUCCGAUUCAGUUUGUCUCCUCCUCGAUGAUAUUCUUGCUAAGUGCGCUCGAGAAGUGUCGAAGUUUGCUUCAAUAGCACUGGUUGAUAUUGAUUCAGAAGAAAUACAGGUUUACAUCAAGUACUUUGACAUAACUCUUAUACCGUCCACUGUUUUCUUCUUCAAUGCUCAUCAUAUGAAGAUGGAUUCAGGGACUGCAGAUCAUACGAAGUGGAUUGGUGCUUUUCACGAAAAGCAGGAUUUUAUUGAUGUUGUGGAGGCAAUAUUUAGGGGAGCUAUGAAAGGCAAGCUCAUUGUGAGUUGUCCAUUGCCUCCUGAGCGAAUUCCAAAAUACCAGUUAUUAUACAAGGACGUGUAGGAGACGAAUUGGCACCAAAAGGUUCUACUGAAUUCUCCUGCCUCCUAGUUUAUAUUUAACUAGUUGUUUGAUCGGAUCAGUUGAUCUCGUGAAGUCCAAUUCGGGUGAAUUUCAGUCGAGUUGCCAUAGCUAAGAAUGCCUUUUAUUAAUCGAGAUUCUGCGAAGAAUGUUGCCAAAAUCUCAUCAACAAAAAUAGAAAAUGUUUUCGUCGCUUGGAAGCAAUGGAAUAAUGAAUGGUUCAAAGAGGUGUCUUUUUCUUCUGUGAUUCACAUAGUUAUUAUGUAUCUACAUCACGUCUUUCUAUUAUUUGGUGUAUUGUGGUGUGAGAACUGACUUGUUGAUAUCAACCAUGAAGCCCUUUGAGC